ACUCCUGGCCCGCGACAGAGUGGGAGAUAAGAAAGGCAAAGGCUCAGAGAGAGCCUGGUCCCCUGGGCUCCCUGAACAAGCCAGGCCCUCCGUGUGGGUGGUACUGCAGGGCCAGGCUGUUCGCUACCAAGAACAAUGGACUUCCAGACACCACUGCCCAAGUGACACCAGGGGUCUGUGGCUCUUCCAGUUCCUCGCCCUUGUCAAGCCUGCAUCAGAAUGUCAGGAGCCUCCAACGAUAGUUUGGGGACCCCGGGGCUGCCGGUGUCAGGCAAGAUGUGCUUAACUACCAUGGACAAAAAGCUUAACCUGCUGAAUGAAAAGGUUGACAAACUCUUGCAUUUCCAAGAAGAUGUCACAGAGAAACUGCAGUUCAUGUACCAAGGCAUGGGCCACCUGGAGCAAGGCCUGCACCGGCUAGAGGUCUCCCAAGUUCUGGGCCCGGCUGGGGCCAGCCAUACUCCUCCAGCUGAUGCGCAGGCUGGGUGGCCAGAGGUCCUGGAGCUGGUGAGGGCUAUGCGGCAGGAUGCUGCCCAGCAUGGCGCCAGACUUGAAGCCCUCUUCAGGAUGAUGGUGGCCGUGGACAAGGCCAUAGCUUUGGUGGGGGCCGUGUUCCAGAACUCGAAGGUGGUGGAUUUCAUCAUGCAAGAAAGUGUCCCCUGGGGGGAAGGAAGCCAUACCGUUGGCCCUGCAGAGAACAAAGAGCAAGUGGAAGAGAAAGGAGCAAAACCAAAGCAUGUGCUGAACACCAGAGGCGUGCAAGCUGGAACCACGGGGCCUUGGGAAGAGAGCCAGAAGGUGGACCUGCCAGAGGGGACAGUGGAGUGGCUGCCUCCCAUCAAUGCUUCAGGGAUGGGAUCUGACCUACUCACCCAGGCAGAGGCCCUGCCAGGGCAGGGAGAUGGAGUUCCUGGCCCAGCCCAGGUGCCGCCUGGCCAUCUGCUGCUGCCCACAGAGGUGGAAACCAAAGCUCCUGGGGCAUCCAGCAAGAACCCUGGGACUGGCCUGGAAUUGUCUGCAGCACCCGAGGGAGUCAACGAGGGCCCCACCGGCCAGGAAGCUGCACCGGGUACAGGUCAAGGAACGUUGUCCAGCAGGCCCGACCCUCGGCCCUCAGAGUGGGGCAUGAGGUUGACUUCAGGGCCGUCAGCCAAGACCAAGUCACCUUACGGUGGUGGGGAAACGCAUCCGAGGGUCUCCGUCCACGUGCAGGAGACGGAUACUCCUGGGGAGCUGCUUGUGACACGAGGGGGCAACCUCAGCCCCACACCCCCUGCGGAGGCGCCUGCAGCCGCCCAUCCAGGUGAGCAGGACCCACCUGGGCCCUGGUGCUGCCCCCAGGCCCCUGGGACUGAGUUGGGAAAACAGAUCCCGAAAGGAGCCAGCAAGUUGUUGCUCCUGCGGAAGCGGAGCAGCGAUGAGGGAGCGAAGGCUGAGGAGAAGCCGGGGCCUCGGGCCGAGCCCAUCAUGGGACCAAGCGGGGCCUGGAGGGACAAGGGAGAUGACGCUGGGGUCCCAGGCCUGCAGCAGGACAAAGGCCCAGAAGCAGGAAAUCCUGAGCCCAGGAGGGAUUGCAUGGCCGGGGGCGUGGGCAGGGCCGAAGCUGGAAGGAGGACACCCCCGGGAGCCGAGGCUGGCCGCGUGGUUCUGGAUGACAGUCCUGCCCCGCCAGCCCCUUUUGAACACCGGGUGGUGAGUGUCAAGGAGACCUCGACCUCAGCAGGUUACACAGUGUGCCAGCAUGAAGUCUUGGGAGGGGGCCGGUUUGGCCAGGUCCACAGGUGCACGGAGAAGUCCACGGGCCUCUCUCUGGCAGCCAAGAUUAUCAAAGUGAAGAGCACCAAGGACCGGGAGGAUGUGAAGAAUGAAAUCAACAUCAUGAACCAGCUCAGCCAUGUGAACCUGAUCCAGCUCUAUGACGCCUUCGAGAGCAAGAAUAGCUUUACCCUCAUCAUGGAGUAUGUGGAUGGGGGUGAACUCUUUGACCGGAUCACAGACGAGAAGUACCACCUGACUGAACUGGAUGUGGUCUUAUUCACCAAGCAGAUCUGCGAGGGCGUGCAUUACCUCCACCAGCACUACAUCCUGCACCUGGACCUCAAGCCGGAGAACAUCCUGUGUGUCAGUCAGACGGGACACCAAAUUAAGAUAAUUGACUUCGGGCUGGCCAGAAGGUACAAGCCUCGGGAGAAGCUAAAGGUGAACUUCGGUACUCCUGAGUUCCUGGCCCCGGAAGUCGUCAAUUAUGAGUUUGUCUCAUUCCCUACGGACAUGUGGAGUAUGGGAGUCAUCACCUACAUGCUACUCAGUGGUUUGUCCCCAUUUCUGGGGGAAACAGAUGCAGAGACCAUGAAUUUCAUUGUGAACUGCAACUGGGAUUUCGAUGCUGACAGCUUUGAAGGGCUUUCGGAGGAGGCCAAGGACUUUGUCUCCCGGUUGCUGGUCAAAGAGAAGAGCUGCAGAAUGAGUGCCACACAGUGCCUGAAACAUGAAUGGUUGAAUAAUUUGCCCGCCAAAGCUUCAGAAUCCAAAGUUCGUCUCAAAUCCCAACUAUUGCUGCAAAAAUACAUGGCUCAGAGGAAAUGGAAGAAACACUUCUAUGUGGUGACUGCUGCCAACAGAUUAAGGAAAUUUCCAACUUGUCCCUAAUCCUCAACGUUGCUGCCCCCACGGGCCCAGCAAUUAUUGAGACCGGUGGUGAAGUGAUGACUCAAGAUUUUAAAUCAUCUGGCCUUUUACUGAUGUUGAUUCCACUUAUUUUGUAAAAAAAGGUUAUGGCUGUUGCCUUCCAGAAUUGUGGGUGAAAAGUGGCUGUAAGGAAAGUGACCUAAGAGCUUUUUUCUGCCUUAUAAGAUCACUAAGUUGAAGUGCUGUGUUGACUUUUCAAGUACCCCUACUUUUGGCGGUAAGUGUAGGCACGCUUUAGGUAGGUAGAAAAGCUUUUACUUUGCAUCUGUUAAGUUUAAAUUCUAGACACACUUGGAUUAAAGAGCUCAAUAGACUACUACAUAGGGGCACGUUAUUCAGAAUUAUCUCUUCCAGUACAAAGAAUUCCUAGAAUUUUGAUUUGCUCAAGUGUGAGCUGACGUUUUAUUGUGCUACUCCACUGUUGUGUAAAGCAACGUGGAUUUAGGGCAGUGAUCCUCAAACUUGUUUUUACUUGUGCUCCUUUUUGAGGAUCAAAAUGUGCAUCCUUUAAUAGUGUUUGAAAUUUCAAAGUAUACCAAGUGUCAUGGCUAAAUCACAACAAUGAUCAUUUCGAAUGUGCUGUUAAAAUCUAUACACACCUCCACCCUUUCCUAAUUCUGCCCUGUCCUGAUAUUGGCAGUCUCUCUCCUGAUCCCCUUCCUCAGUUAUGAAUCUACGGUCUAGGAAGUCUGGAAACUGAUAUGCAAUAUGUGAAAGAGAGAUAAGAAUGUAAUGAUAUUCAGCUUUCUGGGAGAAACAGAAUGAAACAUCAUGAGACAAUAAAGGAAAACUGCUCUCCAACUUCUUCAUUAAGGAUAACCACUUUCAAUGUUGUCAUUUAACUAACAUAAAAUGAUUAACACAGAGUGCUUUAUUAUGAGAAAGUAAGCAAUUCUUUUAACUUCCUCCCUUCUAACCUGAUUUUUGUGCUAUUCUCACAACCUUCUCAGGUCAGCAGUUUUAGUUGGAGUACUUACUUUUAACUAGCCAUGCAACAGUUGCACAGCUUUUCAGGAUUUUUGUCCAAAUAUAGACCUUUUUUUGGGCAGAGGACAUGGGUGUGGGGAGGGAGGCAGAAGGUGGAGAGGCUAAUCCCGCUGCUGCAGUUCUCAUGUGGUCACUUUCCUCUGGAGAACAAACCCUUGUCAGGAGCUAAGAUUUUCAGGACCAGCACGGCCAGGCCUGCUCCAAACUGGCCAGUGAGUCAAUGAACGUCAGAAGAGAUGGCUGCUGGGACUGUCCCUGUCAUGAGAGAGGAACAGUGAUUUAUAAAAUGCUUCAUUUUAAAGCAUCAGUUAAUCCUCUUAAAAAGUUCUGAGGGCAGCCUCCAGAAGAAGGUAGAGAAAUAUAGUUCUACCUAGUAGGGCGAUUCCUACUCUCCCUGAGCCUUCAGAUUCUUGGGAAUGCUAUGAAUCUUCUCUCCAGAAAAAUGUAUGGUUAGUUAUCCCAAUCUAGAGCAGCACUGUCUGACAAAUAUAAUAUGAGCCAUAUACAUAAUUUAAAGAUUUCCAAUAGCUCCUCUAAAAAAACCCUGGUUAAAUUAAUUUUAAUGAUUUAACACAAUAAAUAAAAAACAUUAUUUCAAUAUAUAAUCAACAUAAAAAUUAUUGAUAAAUUCUUUUUUUCAUACUAAGUCUCCAAAAUCUCGUGUGUAUUUUAGUUAAAAUACAUUUCAAUUCAGAUGCUAGGUUUUCAUGAGACAUACUUAAUUUAUACUUAGAUUUCAUAUAAUUUACUGUAGAAAGAUAUACUCACAUACUCAAGUUCAAAACAUCUUAAGUGUUUUCUAAUUGAAUUGUGUCCAUUUUUACAUUUAAUUAAAAUUAAAUAAAAUUAGAAGUUCAGUCCUGCAACUGCAUUAGCCACAUUUUAAGUGCUUAAUGGCCACAUGUGGUUAGUGGCUUCCCCUGGACGGGGCAGAUACAGGGAGAAUCUUUUUAUCAAAUUUUCUUUUUUCCCUAUAUGCUGUUAUUCUUUACCUAGAGAAACAACUUCUUUCCAAAGCCCCCUUGAGGGGUUUGUUUGGGUCAGACCCACACAAUUGACUGGUAAUGUGGAUUUCAGCCUCCUUUAUCUGAAAUUUCAAGGGAGCUUUUAUGAAGCUUCAACUUUCUGGAUAUUUUUAGUUCUCUACUUUGCUGGUGUAUACUUAGCUCAAAAAAUUUUUAGAUUGCAACUGUGCCGGUAUCAACUAUUUCUAAAGGGACUUUUCCAUUUGUAUGAACAGUCAUUGGAAAUUGUGGGGCAGAGAAACUCUAAAACGUAGUCAGGACCCACUUUUUUCACCUAUCAGAUUGAUGAGGGUAUGGGGAAAAUAGAAUUCUUCCACUUUUGACAGAUAGGUAUCCCAAUAAAAGUCAUGCCCACACUAUCACCCAGCAAUUCCAUUUCUAGAAAUUCAUUCCUCAGCAAUAAUGGAACAAGUGGACAGAGAUUGAUGCAAAAUGAUGUUCACUGUAGCACUGUUGCUAACGGCCCAAUGAAACCAACUUACAUAUAUGCCUAUCAGUAUGGGUUUAGUCCAAUAACUUUUGCCACAUCCAUUUAGGGUAAUAACUUGCAGCUGUUAGAGAUAGACCUAGAUGUGCCGACAACCAUCUUUUCAUUACAAAAAAUUAUAAACCAUAUACAUGGCAUUGUCCCGUUUGUGGAGAGAUACAUGCUUCUAUGUGCAUUGAAAUGUUCUAGCGUAUACAAGAAGCUUAACAUUGGGGUGUGGAAAGUGGGUGAUGGGGAGGGGGAAUUCCGCUUUUCACUUUAUAAACUUUCUGAAUCAUUUGAAUUUUUUUUUACAUGAGCAUGUAUUGCUUUUAUAAUUAAAAAUUAGCAACCCAAUAUCAAGUAUGGACUUUGUUUUGACCCUGAUUGGAGCACACAAACAAUAAAAAGAUGUUUUAGAGACA